UUUUCCUCUUAUAAUCUGACAUAACUAGCUACAUUUGUUAUAGGUCCUCUAUUCUUCUAUACCAACCUUUUGCUUCUCCAAAUCAUGGGUAGAUUUCAUGUUAUGCAAAAUUACUUAGCUAUUUUUCUAGCACUAGUUGCCUGCAACUAUUUACCUCUAACUCAUGGCCGCCAAAUUAAGUCAUUGAACCACCCUUCACCCCUAAGCACAGGCACAGUAGCGGUGAAUAUUAAUGUUCCCACUCCAUCAUCAGAGAGGAGGAAAAUUGAGUCACCCAUGAAACCAAACUAUGAUGUAGCUAGUUUUGGAGAUUCAGGUGCAGGCGACACACAUGCUUUCCGACCUACAACACCAGGCAAUAGUCCUGGUGUUGGUCACAAAAAGUUUGCACAAGAUCAAGAAGAUAACAGCAUGAAAGCAAUGGUUGGAGUUCAGAGCACAGAUGGUUUCAAACCUACAAACCCAGGUCACAGCCCUGGUGUGGGCCAUGGUUACCAAACUAAAAUUGGACACCUAAAUUAGUCAGGCUGUCAUGCAUAUAAGCAAAUUAAAUUCCCUUAUAGGCUUCAAAACUAGUCCAACAUAUUAUAUCAUGUGUACAUGCAAUAACAUCACAAUUAGUUGAAUAUGAUUUGUAGAAAUUUAUAAAGUGCAAACAUUCAACAUACACUUAAAGUGAAAGGAGAGAAAAAAGAAGAGGAAAUGUAUGUGAUAUUUAAUCAAGGGAUGGGAGAUAGAAAAAUUAAGUGUCUGUUGCGGGUUUACACUAUUUAGAUGUGUUAAUUAGUAUCAUUCUUGUUAUAUUAGUUUCAUUCUGCACUCUACGACUCUGUAUCUUGCAUGCAAUUAGCAUGUGAUAGACUUAAUCAUUGUUAUCCAACAUAUUUACAAUUUGCUCUCUAUACCAGUAAUGUUGUAUGAUGUAAGUUUCAAAAUAAAUAGAAGAUGUUAUUUAUUUAAUGA